AUGGAUCAUCGUGAACAAGCUCAAGACGGCCGUGGUGAGAAUUCCACAGCUCCACAACAACCAGUGACCACUGAGGACACCGCUUUACAUGUUAUCAUGCAAUCACUUCAGGUCCUACUACAACAACACAACUCAUCUUCUUCGGGUACCCGAUCCACUGAUGAACUGGAUGGCAUUCGAUUGGUGCCACCGGAGUACUAUAGUGAAGAUGUCAAGGUGCGUUUUGCUUCCACUUUAUUAGAGGAGAAGCUUCUGAAUGGUGGCGACAAUUACAAAAUGACCCUGAUGUAUAUGAACCAACCACUUGGGAUGACUUCUGUGUCACGUUUCGCGAUGAAUUCAAACCCUAAUAACUCUGAACAACUGGCUCGUGAGGCGUUUGGAUCGCAUUUCGCGAACAAACGGAAGGAAGCAUUCGUGCGUCACCCUAUCUCUAUUCUUAUCGAUAGCGGUGCUAGUGCCAAUUAUAUGUCACCUCGUUUUGUAACAUUGGCUGACAAGAUUGUACCUAUUGCCACGCCGAGCUCACAUCACGUUGGAUCUUGGUGGUUACAUUGCUACGGACCUUUCCGGUAUACUUGUUUGAUUCAAAUUCGAUAUCAUCUUGGGGCAAACUUGGUUACAGGCAGUGUGUCCUCAACCUCAUUGGCCAACGGAACGCUGGACUUUAUCUAUCAAGAAGGCGACAAGCAAUAUGUAUUGGAACCAAUUCGAGAUCAUCCUCCUGAACAAGCACCUUCAUCAUUAUAUCCUUUGAUCUCAGCUAAGGAAUUAAAAAAGUGUACCCGACACGAGGAGGAGGAUGAGGAUCAUGCGAAAACCAUCAUUAAGGCUUAUCCUAAGGUGUUCGAUGAAAAAGGGUUACAAGGUCUACCACCCGAUCGUGGAGUGCCACAUGUUAUCGACACGGGAAGUACGCCUCCAAUCAAUCGUCCACCAUAUCGAAUGAGCCCACGAGAACUUGAUGAACUCAAGAAACGACAAUUGAAUGAGCUGCUAAAAUUGGGACUGAUUGAGCCUAGCACAUCACCAUGGGGUGCACCGAUAUUAUUCGUCAGAAAGAUGGAUCAAUGA